AUGUCUAAGGACGAAUUUGUACCUGUUAUGAGCGUCAAGGCUCGGAAGGUAUUCGAUCAAAACGGUAUCAAUCAGAGCGUUGAUCUACUAAGCUUUUUUGAUCAGCGUAUCAAAUCCCUAUCGUAUCAACUCACACAAAAUGUCACGAAAAAUGUGUUAGAAACAGUUAUUAGUGGCUGUAAACAACUUUACUCCCUGACAUUCAACAAAUUUUCCAGUGUUAGUGAAAUUGAAAACAAGAUAUAUGAUGUAAGAUUGUCACUUUCUAAAUCUAAAACUAAUAGUAGCCGUAAAUCGGAUGCUAAAAAAGAUAGUGAGGCAAUUGAGUAUGUAAAAUAUCUGGAAGAUGAACUUAAAACAGCUAAUGCAGUUCUGAACUACAGGAAUCAAAUCUCUGAACUCAAACUCAAAGCUGAACAGCUACUUCGUGAAUUCACAGCUCCAAAAUCAGUGGGUGAUAAUAAACCUUUUUAUAAUGCUAAUAACUCUUAUACAGUAAAGGCCACCUCCACUGGUAGGCCCACUCCCACCGCCCGAAAAUUCACAGAAAGGAACUGCAUUAUCAAGGUCAAAAUACCCAAUAUAAUAGGCACUGCCUUCUCUUCUAAAUAUUGGUAUAUGCUCAAGACAAUCCAAGACCAGAAUAAUGUAUACAUAACCGUAAACAACAACGUAUCAAAUACUAGCAGUAUUGAAACUACUGGUGUUUACGCAGAUGAUGUAGAUGCAGACUAUUCUCUGAUUACGAUAAAAGGGGCCAGCGAAAGUGAAGCUGCUGCGGGCCAGAAUAGUUUAAAUGAGUUGAUGAAAUCUAUGGUCAUAAAAAAGGUACCUGAUAUCAAUAGUACAGAGUGCGAGGAAGUAUUUACUAAUAUCAAGAAUAUGGCUGGGCCUAAAAUAGGAUGUCUUGUGAAUUUAAAGGGGACACUGCAUGUUGUUGGAAAGAAAGAUGUAGUGCAAAGAACUUUGGAAAAGAUUGAAAAAUUACUUUCCGAAAAGGAUGUGCAUACGUGGAAAAUCGAUGUUUUUAGUGAUGAUAAAUUCUGGGAUCUAGCCAUACAAUCCAAGCAAUUUAGACGUUUCAACUGCAAAUAUUCAUCGGGCACAAUUACCGUUACUUCCAGCAGUGCUGUAUACAAGUCUCUCAAGGAAGAAGUGGAUUUAAUAGAAUCUAGUGAAUGCCGCAAAUAUGUGGAUAUUGAGCGGUAUCAGGCGAAUAAGAUGCUUAAUAACGGCGCAGAAAUGAUCAAAUACUUCCAAAAGAAGGGGGCUACUUGCUUUGUUGGCCCUGAUCGGUUGAAUAUGAUUGUUUUCGGCACUAACGACGCCGUACAAAAUUGCCUGAAUCAUGUGGAAUCUCUGAAGAAAAACUCAGUUGUGAUUGGCAUUAGCAGCUUAAAAAUUCCCAUCAGUCCUGAACAAUCGAAGCUAAUUAUUGGCAAGGGAGGGGCUAAUAUCAAAAGGCUGAUUGAAGAGUCGGGGGUGGAAACUAUUCAAGUUGAGCGUUCGGAAUUCCCAUCUGUAUCGAUAUCAGGUACCAAGGAGGCAGUAGAGACAUGCAAGGCAUUAAUACUGGAAAUGACAGCUGUAUCGAAUCCCAUUUCUGAAAAGCCAUUGGACCAAGUUAAAACCACUCCCAGAUUUUCGCCAAUUGGUCCAAAGAUGGAUCUCCCUGACAUUGGUCCUGAUUCAUUUCCCUCACUAACGGAUACAGUCAAUGUCAGUGCUUUACCCACAGUUAGGGGUUCAUGGGUCAAGCCCAUUAAAGCUAGUGAUUAG